CAUUGCGCAUGCUCACAUUCCCGGGCUUGGCAGUGCUGUUUUUUCGUUCUUUGUGAAACCGGGUCGGUGGUGAGAUCGGGAUGGGGAGUAGGUUCUCGCCCCCUUGGACGGGGAGCCGGAGACGGAUUAUUCUCUGCGGGGCAACACCAACAAUUUUCCUUCGAUGUAACUAACUCUUCGCGCAUGCUCACUGUCUCCGGUUGGGUGGUGUUUUCCUUUCUGCUCAGUACUGAAGCGGAUUGUCUGCGGGAUUGGGAAAGGGUCCUCCCCUCCUAGGUCAGGAAGCCCGGGAUCAGAUCACAGUCUGCGGGCCGAAGAUAUCGUUUUCCCAUCAUUAGACAUGCGGUGAGAAGUUUAUUUGAAGAAAAACCCCCACUGGAAGCAAACCACAGCUGAAGACUAGGGAACAGCAACAAGUGAAUUGGCCCGAGGACUGAGAACAGCAACUGGAGAGAACAACUUUUCAUCAAGAGACUCAGAUUUCCCAGUGAUUCAGUCAGGAGAAAGUUUGGUCUGAAAUGGCUAACACGAGUGGACAUUAGUUUUAAGGUGCUUGGAAAUAGAUACCGAGGGGAUGUCAGAGGUUACAAAUGACAAGAAAUUUGUCUACUGAAAUCUCAAAUACAGUUUUGCUGUCUCUGUCCAGAUAUUUAAGAAAUGGAGCAAGGGAUUCACUCGAUCAUCCUUUCUGCUCAAACUGUGGGGAGGGAUUCACUCUGUCAUCUGACUUACUGGCAUGUCCAUCAUUCUAAUCAGGGGGGAAACCAUUCAUCUGCUCAGACAGUGGGAAUGGAUUCAGUCAGUCAUUUCAACUGAAUGUAUGUCAGCAAGUUUACACUGGCAAGGCCAUUCACCUGUGCUGUGUGUGAGAAGGGAUUCAGUCAGUCUUCCCACCUGUGGACACUCCAGUCAGUUCACACUGGGCAGAGGCUGGUCAUCUGUUGAAUUUGUGGGGGAAGGAUUCACUCGGUCAUCUGUCCUAAUGGCUCACAAGCGAGUUCUCACCAGGGAGCGGCCGUUUACCUGUUCGGACUGUGGGAAGGGAUUCACUCAGUCAUCUGAACUGAAGGUACAUCAGAGAGUUCACACUGGGGAGAGGCCAUUCACCUGCUCAGUCUGUGGGAAGGGAUUCACCACAUCAUCUCACCUACUGAUUCACCAGUCAGUUCACACUGCAGUGAGAGAUUUCACCUGCUCAGUCUGUGGGAAGACAUUCACUCGGUCAUCUAACCUACAGAGACACCAGCAAGUUCACACUGGAGAGAAGCUGUUCACCUGCUCAGACUGUGGGAAGGGAUUCACUCGAUCAUUCAACCUACAGAGUCACCAGCGAGUUCACACUGGGGAGUGGCUGUUCACUUGCUCAGACUGUGGGAAGGGAUUCACUCAGGCAUCUCACCUACAGAGACACCAGUCAGUUCACACUGGGGAGAAGCCAUUCACCUGCUCAUUCUGUGGAAAGACAUUCACUCAGUCAUCCAACCUACAGACACACCAGCGAGUUCACACUGGGGAGAAGCCGUUCACUUGCUCAGACUGUGGAAAGGGAUUCACACAGUUAGGUAGCCUACAAGCACACCAGUUAGUUCACACUGGGGAGCGGCCGUUCACCUGCUCAGACUGUGGGAAGCGAUUCACCACAUCAUCUCACCUGGUGACUCACCAGUCAGUUCACACUGCAGUGAGGGAUUACAUCUGUUCAGUCUGUGGGAAGAGAUUCACUCAGUCAUCUAACCUACAGAGACACCAGCAAGUUCACACUGGGGAGAAGCUGUUCACCUGCCCAGACUGUGGGAAAGGAUUCACUCGAUCAUUCAACCUACAGAGUCACUAGCGAGUUCACACGGGGGAGAGGCUGUUCACCUGCUCAGACUGUGGGAAGGGAUUCACCACAUCAUCUCACCUAGUUUCACACCAGUCAGUUCACACUGCAGAGAGGGAUUUCACCCUCUCAGAUAGUGAGAAGGGAUUCACUCAGUCAUCUGAUCUGCAGGCACACCAGUGAGAUCCACUGGGGAAAGGCCGUCGACCUGUGAAUGUGGGAAGGCUUUCACACGAUCAUCUCAUCUAUUAGAACACCAGCGAGUUCACACCACUGAUCGUCUGCUCAGACUUUGGGGAGAGAUUCUCUCAACCGUCUCCACCAAGGCUGCAUCAUUAUGUUCCACUGGGGAGGGGCCAUUCACCUGUUGUGAAUAUGGGAAGGGAUUCACUCAAUAAUCUAACCUUGUAACACAUGACCGGGUUCACAUUGGGGAGAAAGUUUCAAUAAGCUGCAGGCUGAAUGCAUCCCCAUUGCUGAAUGCAAUUUCGAGAGUGACUGGGGGAGUCUAGUACAAGAGGGCAUGACUUGUGGUUUGCAGGGGACCCAUUCAGAACAGAGAAUCAGAGAAUUUUUUUUGUCAGAGGGUGAUGGAUCUGUGGAAUUUGUUGCCACGGGCAGCAGUGGAGGCCAAGUCAUUGGAUGUGUUUAAUGCAGAGAUUGAUAGGUAUCUGAGUAGUCAGGGCAUCCAAGGUUAUGGUGAGAAGGUGGGGGAAUGGGACUGAAGGGCAGAUUGGAUCCACUCAUGAUGAAAUUGUGCAGCAGACUCGAUGGGCCGAAUGGCCAACUCUGCUCCUUUGUCUUAUGGUCUUAUGUGAUUAUUUUUUCUCAUGUGCGUUAUUCCUCUUCCUCCUUCUGUCCAAGGAAGUGUUAAUCUAGGUGGGUUUGAGUGUAAGUAGUCUUUUCUAAACUUGUCAUUUCUGUUCUUACUUAUCUUUGUAAAAUUUACUGAUUGAAAUGGGACUAAGAUAUUUUCAUUAAAAAAAGUCAAUGUCGGUAUUGAUGGAAGUGUUUAUUGCCUUUGUUGUAUUUGUUGAGCAUAGAGCUCUGUUCCACAGUUUUUUAAAGCCUUGAAAUAAAUUUUGUCAAAGGUUUUCCCAAUAUUGCACUACA